UGUAACAGCAACGUGUUCGUAGAGGGGAUGAUUUACAAAUUUCAGUGAAUUCGAUCAGCUGAUCGUCAUUGACAAGAUUGAACUUCUUAAUAUAAAUGAAAAUAAGUUUUUUAAAAAGAAAUGUUAAAAUUGUAAAUUAUAUAUAUUAAAAGAAGAAAUCUUCGUGAGAAUGCUAGUACGUCAAAUCGUAAAUACACCGAGGUAAUAUCAGGAAAGUUAAGUAUGCUCAUUGAUAGAAACGUGUUUACUAAAUGAAUUCAAUGGCACUUCUACCAUUAAAAUCAUCAUCAAAAAAUUUUUAUACAAUGAUCAGGAAAAAGUUUUACUUCAAAGUAAACAUUCCAACAUUGUUAAUAAUAUUUGUGGUUAUUUUGCUGUGUGUACAUUUCUUACCCUCUACAAAGUGUUCAUCUGAUAAGGAGGACAUGAAAAGCAAGUCAAAGUAUAGGCUUGUAAUACUUAUACUCUCCAGUCCUGAUAAUUUGGAACAGAGAGCAACUAUUAGAAAAACAUGGUUGGCACAAAAACAUGCUACUGUCAAACAUCUCUUUGUAAUAGGAACAUUGGACGUAUUACCAGAACAGAAAGAAACUUUGCAGUCCGAAAAACAUAAGUUUAACGAUUUGCUUUUAUUGCCAAGAUUGGUAGACUCUUAUGGAACAUUAACAAAAAAGGUUUUACAUUCGCUUAAAGAAGUAUACGAACGUCAUGACUUUAGCUACUUAAUGAAAUGUGAUGACGAUUCAUUUGUGCUGGUACAUAAAGUUUUGAAAGAAUUAGAUAAAUGGGACAGUAGAGGAACCAAGAGGGAAUUGUAUUGGGGUUUCUUCAAUGGCAAAGCACAUGUUAAAAGGAGUGGACCUUGGAAAGAAACUGAUUGGAUAUUAUGUGAUUAUUAUCUUCCAUACGCGCUCGGAGGUGGAUACGUUUUAUCCUUCAAUCUAGUUAAAUUUAUUGCAGUGAACAUGGAUAUUCUCAAAUUGCAUAAAGCGGAAGAUGUGUCAAUUGGUCUUUGGUUAGCACCUCUGGCAAAUAUUGAACGAAAGCAUGAUGUCCGUUUUGAUACGGAAUACAGAUCACGCGGAUGCUCCAAUCAGUACAUAGUUACACACAAACAAACAAUUGCAAAUAUGAAAAAUAUGCAUGAAUAUUACCAAGCAUCUGGAGUAUUAUGCGCCAAAGAAAUAAGAAAUCGAAUGAGCUAUCAGUAUAAUUGGACUGUUCCACCUAGUCAGUGUUGCAACGUACAAUCAGGCAUUCCAUAACAAAUGAAUGAUUUCUUCUUAUGCAGUCAGUACAUUAGUCAUUUCUUAAAGCGGUUGUACAUAUCUAUCAUGUGUAAAGCAAUAUCUAGUCUAAACAUUUUAUUUGGUAAGUAUACCCAUGAAAACAUCAUUAACUUAAAUAAUCCUCGAUCUUAUUAAACAUUUGCAUUUUCCAUUCAAGCUUUCCUAAGACACUCAAUACUGCUUGUAAAUAUAGUAUAUACACUUACUGUUGUAACAAAACGUCUGCAUUGCAGAACAUUAAAUAUAUUUUCCUUAAUUAUAUAUAUAUAAAAGGUUUAUUUAUAUUGUAUAUUUUAUUUCAACAAAAAACUUAUUCUCUAUACAGUGUCAUUUACAUUUAUAAAAUAUAAAAACAGUAAUAAGUUUAAUUUUAAUACUAUAAUUACGUUUCUCAAUACUUAGUUUAAAGACAAAAUUUCGAUAAGCGAAUCACAGGUGUUCGAAAAACGGCCAAAGAAAAGAAUUAUAUAAAAAUGUAAAGCUCUUAUUUGAAUUUCAGUUGUAUAUAAUAAAUUACUACUUUGUACAUCUAAAAAGAAGGAAGAGAACAAUAAUCAUGGCCGAUUCUCAAAUCUCCUUUUCUGUGAUUAGCAAAUAUUUUUGCUGCACUUUCAUUACAUCCAACAUUGCUAGCAAUGUACAAUAAUACAUUUAUUGUUUGUGUACCCUUGAAGGAAGGAAUACUCUUAUAACAAUGUUGGAUGCAAUACAAAUUCAGCUAUUAGCACUUUCCUUUUGUUUUCACUUAUUUUUUUACAAAUUUUCUACCUUUUUUACACAAUUUAAUUCCAUUUCAUGUUAAACCAUGAAAAUUAUUUUGUAUUAUACGCUAAUUUUAGAAAUAAUGUACGAGUCUUUUCUUUAAGAUAGAAUUAACAAUAAUUCGCAAACCUUGAAACUUACUUCUUUUUUCUAUCUUGUGUACAUUUAGGACAGUACCAUUUCCCUUUAGGUUUUGUGGUUAAUCCAACGCAAGCGAAGUGGAACCAUUCUAUGGGACACUGCAUUAGAAAAAGACAAUAAUAUUAUGCCCAUAAAAAAAUAAUAAAUUAACAAGGAACAGGUAUUGGAACACAGACUUACAUCAGGAUUAUCACAACCAAUCAUUUCUCCAUAAGAAACUUGAUGACACAGACAAUAUGUUGGUUCGUUGGGAUCAACUGGCAUAUCUAAGACAUCUGCUGGAUGCCCAAGAGCACCAGAAUCCACUUGUGCUCCACUUCCUACAGCACCGGCAGAUGAUGCAGAAGCCACACAUCCACCUAGUAUAGGUACAAAACAAGAAUAAUAACUUCUCCUUUAUCAAUGAAUUGAUUGAAAAUAUGAAGACAACUAAACUAACCUUUUUUCUGUUUUUUCCUGGCAGUCUUUGACUCAUCUUCGCUACUGGCACCAGCAGCACCCUUCUUGCGUUUCUCUUUCUCUUUCAACUUCUUUCUACCCUUUUUACUAGCAUUAUUUUCUUCUUGCGCUCUACUACUAAUUAAUGCCUUGUCCUGUAUUUCAGCUUCAAACCUUGCCAAGUCUGAAUCUAGCCUUCUAAUGUGUUUGUCUACUAAUUCAUAUGUCUGUAUUGCUAACUGUACUUUGUCAUCUCCAUACUCUUUUGCCUUAUUAAAUAAAUUUUGUAUAUGAGUAAAUUGUUCCUUUCUCUUCUCCGGAGAUUCCUUUUUUAAGUUCUUUAAAUAAUCAUCUGCCAAUUUAUCGAUAUCUUUCAUUAACCCUUGGGCCCUAGUAUCUAGAUCUCGCAUUAAAGUGAAGUUCCUUUGUAACUCAAUAGGUAGAUGUUCCAAACCUAAAAAAUAUAUAAACAUAUUAUAAAUCAAACCAAAGCAUGUAAUCAACAAACAG